UAGAGACUGAGAAGGUCCAAAUCCGAAGAAGAAAGUCUCUCUCUCGCUCUCUAUCUCUCUCCAUAAUCCCUCUUUCUCUGAACACAGUUCCGCACAGAUACUUAUCGAUCACAGUGUUCGAAAUCAAUAUCAGAAGACGAUUCGUUUCGUAUUGGGUUUAGGGUUUGGUUAGUUCUAGUAAGAAUGUCGCAAGGCGGCAAGUUAAUGCCGAAUCUGGACCAAGAGAGCACAAAACUCCUAAACCUUACUGUGCUCCAGAGAAUCGAUCCAUUCAUCGAAGAAAUCUUAAUCACCGCCGCUCAUGUCACCUUCUAUGAGUUCAACAUCGACCUCAAUCAAUGGAGUCGCAAGGACGUUGAAGGAUCUCUUUUUGUUGUUAAAAGGAAUGCCCAACCACGGUUCCAGUUCAUCGUUAUGAACCGGCGAAAUACAGAUAACCUUGUGGAGAAUCUCCUGGGAGAUUUUGAGUAUGAAAUCCAAGUUCCUUAUCUCUUGUACCGGAAUGCAUCCCAAGAAGUUAAUGGUAUUUGGUUUUACAAUUCACGCGAAUGUGAGGAGGUUGCAAAUCUCUUUAGUAGGAUACUCAAUGCAUAUUCAAAGUUACCUUCCAAGCCAAAAGUAUCUUCAACCAAAAGUGAGUUUGAGGAGCUUGAAGCAGUACCAACCUCUGCAGUUAUUGAAGGACCACUGGAACCAUCAUUUACUACCUCUACUUCCACAGAUGCACCUGAAGAUUCUUCCUUCAUAAACUAUUUUAGUGCGGCUAUGAAUUUGGGGCAUAAUGUGGUGAAUUCUGGACUGCCAUACCAUACUUCUGCAACCAGUCCUUUACCUAGUCGUGUUCCUAGUGCGGUUCCCUCUCCUAGGCCAACUCUGCAAAUACCAUCCCUUCCUCUUUCAGCUUCAUCAAAUUCUCCAUUGCCCCCUCAUGACACUCCUGACCCACUCAACAGCAGAAAUCGUGUAACCAAUCUUGUCAAGCCCUCUUCUUUCUUUACACCCCCUUCUUCCUCAUCUGCAUUAAUUACGCCACCUCUUCCUUCAUCCGUGCCAACGGCUGCUCUGCAUCCUCCCUUGAAUCUACAACGUCCCCAUGGUACUCCAAUGCUUCAACCCUUUCCACCACCCACUCCACCACCAUCUCUUACUCCUAGCUCUACUCCAACUGCAAAUUAUGGACCAAUGAGCAAAGACAAAGUUCGUGAUGCACUUCAAAUACUUGUUCAGGACAAUCAAUUCAUUGACAUGUUCUACCAAGCAUUGCUGAAGGCGCAUCAAUCAUAACUACUUAAAGGAAACAUUGGCAUUCUCUGCCUGUAGAUUUUGGGUACAAAUGCAUGUAAAAUCAGUUUGUAUAUAGCUUGCUGUAUUCAGACCAGUUCGUGAAAAGUUGUAAGGUUAGUGUUUCUUCCCUGGAGGCACCACAACUGGCCUUGAUCGUUCAUAAUUCUCUUUGUUCUAAUGUUCUAGCAGGAAUAGGGUUUUGCCAACUCCUGUUGGUGAGGAAUUUAGGUCCAUGGUGCCAGUGUUAUAUUCUCGGAUGAAAUUGUAGUCCAAACCGUUAUGAACAACAUCAAUAAGCGAUGCAGUUUUUCCUAGGAAACUUUGCGUUAUUUCAUUGUUUGUGUUCCCGGUUAUGUUCCAAUAGUUGAGAUUCAAUUUAACAUGCUUUCUCACGAAACACUGCAUUAGGGUACUCUCUACUCUUCUGGCUUUUGUCUCUCAUUUAAGGUGGUUUUUGUGGAUAUGAUUCAAAGUUGGGCAUACUUGAGACAGUUGAAAUUGGGAG